AUGUGGUUUGUCUGGAAUGCUGGCCUUGCCGUGACGGCGAUGGGGCUGACCUGCAUGGUUAGCAGUGUUUUCGCAUGCAUAUACAACAUGUCCCAGUGGCUCGGUGCGUCAGUCCCUGGAUUGUUCUUCCAGUGCCUCCUGCUUGCUUCGAGCUGGUGGACGUUAGCAUCGCACUGGUUCACGAUGACCACAAACCCAGGGACAAUUCCCAAAGGCAUCAGGAUAUCUCAGCUAACAGCGACGAACGAAGAGGCGCAGGAUGCAGUUAAACACGUGGAGCUUGUGUACUGCGAACGUUGUGACGCCGAUCAUCCAAAGCGAUCCGAGCAUUGCGAUACAUGCCAAGGAUGCGUGGUGCUAAUGGAUCACCACUGCCCGUGGGUGAACAACUGCAUCGGCAUUGGAAACGCAAAGAACUUCAUUCUCAUGCUGCUGUAUGUUGUCGUCCUUUGUGCGUUGAUGGUCGUGUUGACGGUGGCGCAACUUUGGUUAUGCGCUUCCUCGACCGUAUGUGGACUAAAAGAGGGUUCAAGUCCAGGCCGGGUGGGGAUGUGGGUACUCGCCGUCUCAAGUCUAUUCAUGGUGCUGUGUGGCCUCAUGCUGGCGAUGGAGAUGUUCAGCAUUGCCGAGGACGAAAUCUACGGUGCGAUUGCAUCUGAGCUGUCAAGCCUUCAGGAAUCCAGGGAGCACGGCUCCAAGCUCAGUCGACGUCUGGGUAUCCUGUUCGGAAGUGACGCAUUUGGCUGGCAUUGGCUCGUGCCUGGGCGGGACGUACACUUGCGACGGCGGGAGGAAGAAAUGGAUAUCAUUCUCGGCUAUCACGAAAGGGAUUAGUAAUACAGUGUAUUUGAAGUAAGA